AUGGGCAACGCAUACACGAUUGAACUGCCCCGUAAGAUGCGUACGCAUCCUACGGUUUACGUUGUUCGUCUCCGCCCGCACUAUCAGUACGAGCCCGUUUCGAGAUGUGAAGAACACCUCCACGGUCGAGAGCCGAGACCACCUUCGAGUGGCCCCGUUUCAACGAGCCAGUCUGGUCGACUAGCAAAGCGACCUGUUCACGCAGCUCAUCGAUAUCUCGACGAGCAGCAGCUAGAUCAUCACGAAGAGAACGAGUUGAACGUUCGUUCUCAAGUUACGCGAACGCAAAAGCGUCACGAUCGUCCGAACGAUCGUGCUUUAGGGAAUUGUAAUUACCCCUUACAAGAUCCUCAAGUCUUUAACGUCGAGAUCGUUCAUGACCCGGGUCAUCUUGCAACUGUUCCUUUCGACGGUUCAGCUCUUGAACAUCAUGCUGAUCCGACCCUCGAGCCGUAUCAGGUGUUCCCGCCACUACCACAUCUUUUGGUGGACUCAGGCAGUGGUCAACGCCUUCUGGUGAAGUGUUUCAUGGACCACCGCGACGUGAAUGGUUACGGAUGA